UGAGCGCCGGGGGCCGAAGGGCGUGUCCACCAGCGCUCAUUGGCUGGGACGCGCAGGCCGGGAGGAGCCGACCGCGGGGCCGGGAGUGCGGCGGCGGCGGCGGCGGUAGCAUGGGUCCUCGCCCGCGGCUUCGCUGAACCUCACUGGCCUGGGCUGCCCGCGGCGCCCGCAGCGGCGGCGUCAUGAAAGGGGCCCUGGGGAGCCCGGUAGCCGCCGCGGGCGCCGCGAUGCAGGAGACGUUCGGCUGCGUCGUGGCCAAUCGCUUCCAUCAGCUGCUGGACGACGAGUCGGACCCUUUCGACAUCCUGCGGGAGGCCGAGCACCGGCGCCAGCAGCAGUUGCAGCGCAAGCGUCGCGAUGAGGCGGCGGCGGCCAGCGGGGCCGGGCACCGUGGCGGCAGGAGCCCGGCUGUGGCCUCAGGACACAGGCCCGGCGCAGGCGGCCGCAGGGAGUCGCAGAAGGAGCGCAAGAGCCUCCCGGCGUCCGGCGCACAGCAGCCAGACAGCCCUGGGGGCCCGCAGCCGCCAGGCCAGAAGCGGACUCCUAGAAGAGGGGAGCAGCAAGGAUGGAAUGACAACAGGGGGACAGACGUGGUGCUUGACAGAGCAGAGCGAAGGUCCUACAGGGAAUAUCGGCCCUAUGACACUGAGAGACAGGCCGACUUGACAGCGGAGAAGUUUACUGACGAAAAACCAGUUGACAGGUUUGAUCGGGACAGACCACUGAGAGGACGUGGAGGCCCCAGAGGAGGCCUGAGGAACAGAGGCCGGGGCGGUCCCGGGAACAGAGCUUUUGACUCCUUUGACCAAAGAGGGAAACGAGAUUUUGAAAGAUACAGUAGCAAUGAUAGAGCACACAGAAUGGAGGACAGUAUGGGUAGCUGUGGCGUUCGCCCCUGGGGAUCAGGUAAAGACACUAGUGAUACAGAGCCACCUGCACCCAUGGAAGAGACUUCGAUGAUGGAGGAGUGCCAGAGCGCCCUGGACGAGGAGGCCGCAGCCAAAGUUCCUGAGUUGGAGGUAGAAGAGGAAAAUCAAGUCCAAGAGAUGACCUUAGAUGAGUGGAAAAGCCUUCAAGAACAAACCAGACCAAAGCCUGAGUUCAAUAUCCGGAAGCCAGAGUCCACAGUUCCUUCCAAGGCAGUGGUGAUUCACAAGUCCAGAUAUAGAGAUGAUAUGGUGAAGGAUGACUAUGAAGAUGAGUCUCAUGUCUUCCGGAAAGCUGCCAACGAUAUCACAUCCCAGCUGGAGAUUAACUUUGGUAACCUCCCUCGCCCUGGACGGGGAGCCAGAGGCAGCACCCGGGGAGGCCGAGGAAGAAUCAGAAGAACAGAGAACUAUGGCCCCCGAGCAGAAGUGGUGAUCCAAGAUGUUGCUCCUAACCCGGAUGACCCUGAGGACUUCCCCGCCCUGGCCUAACAGCCACUCCCCUGCAGCAGAGCAGCACUAUGAAGAGACUUUCCUUGCCGCGAGAAGAGUCAGACUCUAAGAACAAUAGAUGUUGCUUUUCCCGGGUCGUGUGAAAUUGUUGCACUUUUUUGCUCUGUGGGAUGUGGAGUUCCCAUGAGGUCAGGCCCUUUCCCCAGAUGGAGGAAUCAUGUUUAAAUUGUGUAUACAUAACUUCCAGCACAGGAGUACAGAGUAAAUUAAAUUAGAAAAUAUUACUGCUGGGCAUGGUGGUGCAUGCCUUUAAACCUAGCACUUGGGAGGCAGUGGCAGGCAGAUCCUGAGUUCAAGGCCAGCUUGGUCUACAGAGUGAGUCUUGAAAAACAAGACAAGUCCUUUAGUGUUUAAGGACACAUGGAGACAUGGACAACUGUUCAGGUAGAGCAUUCCUACCCUAAUUUUCACACCAUUCACCUGUUAUUCCCAAGUUUUGGUUUAGACAUUCUGCACUAGGGACAACCACUCUGACGCAGAGAAGUGCUGGUAUUCAGUGGCUAUUUAAACUACCUCGUGGUCUGUGCGUGCAGACGUAGGGUUCAAGCGGUGGUUGAGUAUAUGAGUGUAAUUAUAUGUGUAUUUUUUUUCCUCCCUCAACUCUAGUGUUGGGAUUCAGCACUGUACUCUGAGCAGACUGACUUGUAACUCAAUCACAUUUACUGACGGCGAACAUGGGCUGGUCACUCCCCUGGGCUGUGUGCCCUAGUUCCUGUGUUCUUAAGGCCUCUAGUGGAGGUUUAGGGUCAGGGAUCACCUCAAUCACCCCAAACAGCUUGAGACCUAGGGCCACUCCUCCCACCCACUCACCCACUGGCAAAACUAGGGAAGAGUCAUUGGAUGUGGACCAGCCAAGGUGUUGGACAGCUGUAGAGAUUAGGAGGGGACAUUUGCCUGUUGUGCUUGCAAGGAAACCUUGCUCCCAAGACCUCUGCUCUCCCCACUUGGCCACAAAGUCUGAGAUGGUGCUGAACUGGAACCCAGGAAGGUGUAAGUGAAGGUUGGUAUUGUAUUCCCUCUGGACUUUGUAUAAAAACAACUGAACUCUUGGGGUUUGGUUGAGUCAUCAAAGUUGAAGCCCUGGACAUAACUAUUGAUGUUUGCUUUGGGUAACCACCUGCUUCUGACCCCAUGUUUAUUAAAUGAAUGAGUACAAAGGUA